AUGACAACAAUAAUCAAUCAUUCAUUUAAAUCAACUAAUCAUAUUCAAAUUUAUAUGAUUUCAAUAUUAUUUAUUUGUUUGCUUGCUUAUUGUUUGUAUUUGUUGGCGAUCACAGUGUCAUUUUCACAUAAUAAUAUUAAUUCAUUAUCAUCAUUCAAAUUGAUGAUUAGGUUUUCAUUGGAUCAUGUUAUAAAUUUUAAUUUUGAUUCAAAUAAAAUCUCUGAUGUAAAUGAAUUGGAUAGUCUUACUGAUUUAUCUUUAAGAGAAUUAGUUUUUACAAAUAAUCCAAUUGCUCAACUUCCAAAUUAUAGAAUGGAAGUUGCAAGAAAAUUUCCAGAUUUAUUAAUUCUUGAUGGUGUACCAAUUGGACCAGAAGAUUUUCCACCAAGUCCAAUCCCACCAUUAAGACCAAAUUAUUGUGAUAGUCAAGAGAGACAACAAUUUGCUUUUAGAUUUUUAGAAAAAUAUUUCACAACUUUUGAUAAGUCUAGAGAAGAGAUCAUCAAGGCAUACACUGAAGACUCAAAAUUCUCUAUGACCUUUAUGGCUGAUAGCAGUACCUUACCAAUGCGUGGUUCUACUAAAGCUUAUCAAAGAAAUAAUAGAAAUUUAAAGAAGCCAUCUGAUGAUAUUAAGAAAACUCAACUUUUAUAUUCAGGAUAUGAUAAUAUUUAUAACUUUUUCAAACUUUAUCCAGUUACAUCACAUUAUUUAGCUUCUUCUGUUAUUGAUACAUUUUUGGCUCCUGGUUCACCAUUAUUAAAUGUUGUUAUUCAUGGCCAUUACCUUGAAACUGCAUUUAAUUCUAAAAGAUCAUAUGAUAGAACAUUUAUCUUGGCCCCAUCACAACCUGGAUCUGAAGCCGCAAAAGGUGGAUGGGAAGCAAUUAUAUUGAAUGAACAACUUCAUGUAAGACCUUAUGUUAGAUUACCAAGAUUGGAGCCAGUUACCCAACCAAUCGCAAAUAUAACAAUACCCAUUGGUGCUGAAAUGGAAACUUUAAUCAAUGAUUUCGCAGUUUAUACAAAAUUAAAACCAGAAUUUGCAAAAGAAUGUUUAUCACUCUCUGGUUGGGAUAAAUCAAAAGCAUUGGAAACUUUCCAAAAUCUUAAAGCAAACAACCAAAUCCCAGCAGAUUAUUUCGUUGCUUAA